GUCUUUUGUAGACUUGAACAAUGGUUGAACUGUCGUAGCAACGUGCUUCUGAAACUGAAAGUUUUUCUUUUCCAUGAAGACCCUGAAUUUUCUUUACUAGGAAUCUCUCUCUCUCUCUCUCUCUCUCUCUCUCUCUCUCUGACUCUCUCCGUGAGUGUAUAAAUAUUAUCAUACGUGGACGAGAUUUUCGCGUCCUCCUCCUCAGUUUCUUCCUCUUUAUAGUAGUUUAUCCCCUCUUUUCUCGACCUUUUCUUGAAUACCCAUUUUCUUAAUUAGUUCAUUACCCUCUCCUUCGCAUUUCCGGUCAUGGAGGAGGCUAACGUGGUGGGAGCUAAAGAUGGAACAAUUUCUGUAGCUUCUGCCUUUGCUGGCCAUCAAGAAGUUGUACAGGAUCGAGACCACAAAUUCUUAACCCAAGCAGUUGAAGAAGCAUAUAAAGGGGUUGAAUGUGGAGAUGGAGGCCCAUUUGGUGCAGUUGUUGUUCAUAAUGAUGAGGUAGUUGUAAGCUGUCACAACAUGGUUUUGAGAAACACUGACCCGACUGCACAUGCAGAGGUUACUGCAAUAAGAGAGGCCUGUAAAAAGUUGAAUCAAAUUGAGCUCUCAGAGUGUGAGAUAUAUGCGUCUUGUGAGCCUUGUCCAAUGUGCUUUGGUGCCAUCCAUCUUUCAAGAAUCAAGAGGUUGGUUUAUGGAGCCAAAGCUGAAGCAGCUAUAUCGAUCGGGUUUGAUGAUUUCAUUGCGGAUGCAUUAAGAGGCACAGGGUUUUACCAGAAGGCUCACCUGGAGAUCAAGAAAGCCGAUGGUACUGGAGCUGUUAUAGCAGAACAAGUGUUUGAGAAGACAAAAGCAAAGUUUACCAUGUAUUGAUCUUCAUAGUUUCCUCUAUCCACUUCAAAUCAAGAAAAAGAAAAUUUCCUGUCUCAUAAUAAGUUACUCAAAUAAUUAAUUUGAGUGUAAGAACAAAUAAUAAUUUAAAGAGAGAUAAAGAAAAGAGAGAAAACAUAGAUUUUAGGUGGUUUGACCUACAGCCUACAGCCACACGUCAAAGCCUUUUCUUUGGCUACAUCUUCUUCUUCUUCUUUUUUUUAUUGUAUACAAGACUCUAUUUAUAGAGAAAUAUUUUGAACGUUACAAA